GGGCAUUUGCAACCAAGGGCACCAUGGUUUCACAUGUCAAGAAGCCCGGGGUCGGACCCAGCCAGGAUCCCAAAGCUCCCCGCAAGACAUCCAAACCAAAACCCAAUGCCAAACCCAGAACCAGAAUCAGGUCCAGGACCAGCAAAUGUAUGCACUGCCGCCAGCGCCGAGUAAUGUGCAACGGCUUCAAGCAAACAUGCGUUCGUUGCGCCAAGGAUGUCGUGCUCGAGCUCCAGCCCCAGUGUAUGGACGUUGACAGUGGCUUUGGAAAUGCCGAGGGGAAUCUUCCGGCACCUGUAGAGAUAUGGACAGCAGAUCCCAUGCAGAUUGAUUCCGGUAGCGGCAGCAACGACGUUGACCCAGUGCCUCACUCGGAGCCGAACGCACCGUCUACACUCGCCGUUGCCCCUGAGAUGGGAGGGGAACAGCAGAGUGCGGGAGACGCCACGGCUCCGUCUCGCGAACACACGCUGCCCUUCAGCUUCCAGGGCCAGCCGUGGUCUGGAGCGCCAACACCGAGCUUCCUCAGCGGAAUCACACCCUGGACGCCCAUGGACUCAUCGACAUUCACUAGUCUUCAGCCAUUCAUGCUUCCACCAGAAAACACGAGCUACGAAGCGUCGAUGGCUUCUGCAGUGGACACGAACCCUCCUGCGACCCCGAACCACGCAACAGACAACCGGCCAAGCACCUAUGGUUUCUACUGA